AUGGCAAGCGGCAGCACAGCCAGGUUAGUUGGGCCCCACGAGGGGCGCUCUCUUGCCAGGAGCAGAAGUGCUGUUUUGACACAACUCUGGUCUCUGCCUUCAGAUGUGUCACCAGUGGCGGCUGGCCUCAUCGGGGCCUCUGUGCUGGUGGUGUGUGUUUCUGUGACUGUCUUUGUGUGGACAUGCUGCCACCAGCAGGCAGAGAAGAAGCACAAGACCCCGCCAUACAAGUUUAUUCACAUGCUGAAAGGCAUUAGCAUCUACCCAGAGACCCUCAGCAACAAGAAGAAAAUCAUCAAAGUCCGGAGAGACAAAGAUGGUCUCCGGAGGGAGAGUGCACGAGGGAACCUGUUAGUAAAUGCGGCAGAGUCUGGCCUGCUGAGCCAAGAAAAGGACCCCAGAGGGCCUAGCUCUGCAUCUUGUAUAGACCAGUUACCCAUCAAAAGAGACUAUGGGGAAGAACUGAGGAGUCCCAUGACAAGCCUGACCCCUGGUGAGAGCAAAGCCACCUCCCCAUCAUCACCAGAGGAAGAGGUGAUGCUCGGAUCCCUUACCUUCUCGGUGGACUAUAACUUUCCCAAAAAAGCUCUGGUGGUGACAAUCCAAGAGGCCCACGGGCUGCCAGUGAUGGAUGACCAAACCCAGGGCUCUGACCCCUACAUCAAGAUGACGAUCCUUCCAGACAAGAGGCACCGAGUGAAGACCCGAGUGCUUCGCAAGACCCUGGACCCUGUAUUUGAUGAGACCUUCACCUUCUACGGAAUUCCAUACAGCCAGCUGCAGGACCUGGUGCUACAUUUCCUCGUGCUCAGCUUUGAUCGCUUCUCUCGGGAUGAUGUCAUCGGGGAGGUCAUGGUGCCACUGGCUGGAGUGGACCCCAGCACAGGCAAGGUUCAGCUGACCAGGGACAUCAUCAAAAGGAACAUCCAGGUGAGGAGAAAGAGUGUGCAGGGAAGGGGCGGUAGGAUGGGGCCUAAGAGAUCUAAGGGGAGAGAUAGAUGGGAAAGUCAGUCACACAGCUGCCCAACAGCUCAUAGCCUCAAGCACACAAGAGGCAAGAACCACAAAUAA